GUCUCUGGCCGAGGAAUCCCAGGCAGGGUUUAAUUGUAGAGUGCAAAGCCUUUAGUUUGGCUAAUGAGCUCAGCACUGGAGCUAGGACUCUUUCACACACUCAUUGGGAGACAGAAACCUAUGUGGAGUCCUUCACCGGAGGAGCCUCACACAGCUGCUGGAUUUCAUGUGGUGGGGAAAGAAGAAAUUCUCAGAUUAAGGUACAGCCGUGUAUGUGGGAGAAUAUACCAGAGGCAAGAGACGGAGUUAGAGGUGGAGAAAGAGAGGAGAGCGGGAGAGGGGAGGGAAGGAAACGGGAAAUACACUGCCAGAGAGAGAGAGAGAGAGAGAGAGAGAGAGAGAGAGAGACUGGAAGCCUGCAGCAGCAAAUGAGACAGAACAACGAGGCGGGAGAGGUAGAAAGGGAGACAGAGAGGGAGGGAGGUGGAGAGGGGCCCCGUGUAGGAGAGAGGGCUACAGGGUGAGGAAGACGAAGGAGCAAGAAAAAGUUAGGUGAAGUAAGAGAAGGAGGACUCGGGGAAAGUACGGACCCAUAGGUUAACAACUACAGGAGAGAAGAAGGGAAACAACAGACAGGAAGGAAGGGGAGGGAGAAGUCUUGGGCAGAGAGUAAAAAAAGAGCUGGAGAAAAGUUUUCUUGUGGGAAGACGCAGAUGAGGAAAACAGAGUGAGCGAAUGACUGGGCUGGAGAGAGCUGGGAGGGGAGAAAACCAGUUGUUUUCUAAGGCGUUUUCUACAUAAUCUCAGGACGUUUUUGGACAUGUACACAGAAGGCGCACAAACAACGGGACACCACCGAUUUCUUCAGCACAACAACACCCCCACCCCCUGCCCCUGCCAGCACUGCAUCCACUAUGAGCAGCCAUACGGCCAUCACGGUGGGCCGGGAUACAAACCAACAUCAGCCAUACAAACGGACCACCCAUCGCUGGACUGCAGGGGAGACAUCCAGGCUCCUCGGGUUAAAGACGUAGGAGACAGAGCUGAAAGAAGGGGUCAUUGCAGCCCACAGAGAAGGCCUGUGUUUGCAGGGCCGGGCCCUUACAGCCACUCAGAAGACUUGAGCCAAGUCUGCCCCUGGAAAUUGAACCCUGCCCAGUGGAACUACCCACUAGAGCCUGGGGUGAGACAUUAUUCAUCUGUCAGAGAACAGUGUGGCUGCGUAGUGCACAGCGACACCAGGGCACACCCGUUCAACGCUGGAAUACCACAUCCUCUUCCUCAUCUUCAGGUCAAAGGUCAAAGAUACAGGCACAGGAGGACUAUCAGCUAUGUCGCUGUGGAUGAGGAGCAAAGCUGUGGAUGCAAAUCUGAGAGCUUCCACUUGGAGCUACACAAUCCCCAGCUGGGACAUUUGCACAUGCCGAAUGGCCACUGUAGGCUGAGACCUGUGUUCUUUGAGGGAGGAGAGGAAAGAGAUAGCCAUCAGGACCAGGGCAGACUGAAGGGUGGAUCAGAGGAGGGUUUUAAUGGAUGUGGUGGGUCUCAUAAAGCCUUCUUCCCCACUGAGGUUCCACAAAAGCAUCUGACCCAAAGCAGACGGAAGGGGUCCUACGUCCCUCCCACAGGCAUCACUAGUCCAGAAACCUCAAAAUCAACAGCCAACAAUGACCACCAGCACCAGGAUUUGCAAGUGGCAAAGCAGAGGAGAAGGCAAGAUUCAGUAAGGGAUCAAAUCCGACAAGUGGUGACAGAUCUGGAGGACGUGUUGGGGGGUUUGAAGCAAGUUCACAUUGAGAUGAAAGAGGUGGUGGACCAGAUUGAUCGUCUUACAGCCAGUAUCGACCUCAGUGAGGAGGUGCCCUCCAUUACUCAGGGGUCAGCCAAUAACUUGCAAGACUCUGCUCAUUUAGGAGACCUCAGGGUGGCUCCGCUGCCCAAUCACAAACCUACUUCAGUUCAAGCAUCACAACACAUCGAUGAAGAUCGCAUCAUCCUCAGAACUAACUCUCCCUCCCCUGUCCACAUGGCAUCAGUUGUCAAAACCAGCCGCUUCACCCCUCCCAGUCUCAAUAAGGAUGUCAGUCACGAAAGGGCAAGCGUAAACGGCCACCCGCCUCACCUGUACCCUCCCAGAGACUCCAACCACAGUGGUCAAACCCGGCUAGAACUCCACCCACCGACCCUAGACCCUAAGGUCAUCAUAGGGAACAGCACCUCCUACCCAAGAACUCAAAAGCCUCCACCUUACCCCCAAAACGGUCGGUGUGGGAAGGGUGUAUAUGCACCUUCCAAGCCUGCGAGGACCCCUGCCAACCCUGGGAGAGGCUGUCAGAGCACCAGCAUGGUGUGAAGGAGGGGGGUGGUCUGCCCCAGUGCCACGGGGGCCUGAAACAUGAGACCCUGCUGCAGUGAGUGGAGGUCAGAGAGGGACCAGGCAGGGGAACAACUCAUGCAGGAGCUGAUGCCACUGAGACAAGCUGUCAGCUGGUGAAAAUAGAGCAUGGCCUGAAGGUGGAGAUAUUUCCAAAGGGAAAACUCACCCAAGAGUCGACCUGCAGCUGGAUGUCAUGCAAGCACAGGAGCGUGGAGGAGAGGCAGUGAAAUCUGUCUGAGAAUUUAGGGCUGGUGAUGUGUGACAAAUAAUAAAAUGCAAACUGAUACCCAGCAACCACCAAAAGAAACAUAAAAGUAUUUUUUCAUGAAAAUAAUUUAUUUGGACAUCAUUUUGGACUAUUUUGUACUAUAUAUAUAUAUA